UCUCGUUCUCCGCGCAUGAGCUUCAAUGGCGCCUCGCUCAAACCCAAGCGUCUCCUCGACCUUGUCCGUGCAUGCUCGAGGAGCGGCUCUCUCGACGCGACGAGGAUCCUCCAUGCGCUCGUCGUCACCGCCGGACCCUAUUCGAGACAACCCAUCUUCCUCUACAACAAUGUCAUCUCCCUCUACGCCGGUCUCGACGAGUUGCCCGCCGCCCGCAAGGUGUUCGAGAGUAUGCCCCAGAGAAACGCGGUGUCGUUUAACGCCGUCAUUGCCGCGUGCGGUCGAUGUGGAGAUGCGGAGGAGGCUUUGGCUGUUUUCUCCGAAAUGAGAGGUCGUGGGUUUGGCCUGACCCAGCACUCGUUGGCUGGGGUGUUGUCCUGCGAGGCGUUGGACUUGAGUUGCGGGAUUCAGUUGCAUGGGAUCGCGACGAAGACUGGGCUUCUUGAUGCCGACCCUUUUGUGGGGACUGCUUUGUUGAACUUGUAUGGGAGGCAUGGCUGUUUGGAUGAUGUUAUUGGGGUCUUUGAAGAUAUGCCUUCAAAGAGCUUAGUGACUUGGAACUCCAUGCUGACUUUGUUUGGGCAGCAUGGGUAUCCCGGAGAUUGUGCAGGUUUAUUCCGAGAUAUUAUGAAAGAAAACUGUGCCUUGUCUGAAUGCACUUUCAUGGGCAUCUUAUCGGGGUGCUCAUGUGAACAAGACUUGGUAUUGGGAGAACAGAUACAUGGUCUUGUGAUAAAAAAUGGAUUCGAGUCAGCGUCCUCUGUUCUGAAUUCAUUAAUCAAUAUGUAUGUUAAAUGCAAAUUUGUAAGCUUGGCGGAGAAAGUGUUCAAGGAGCUGCAUGUUCCAGAUGUAGUUUCAUGGAAUAUAAUGAUUGGGGCUUGGGCAAAGACUGGAAAACCUGAAGUGGCUUUAGAACUCUUUAGUAGAAUGUCCAUGGAUGGGCUCUUGCCUAACCAAGCGACUUUCGUAAGUACUGUUAAUGCUUGUACUGGAUUUGAAGUCCAAGUUUAUGGAGAGUUUAUGCAUGCUAAGAUUAUUAGAAAUGCUUUUCAGUCUGAUGCUUUUAUAGGUAGUGCUUUGGUUGACUUUUACGUGAAGUUUGAAAAUCUCAAAGCUGCCCAUCAUUGUUUCAAUGAAAUUCGCGAGAAGAAUGUAGUGUCUUGGAGUGCUUUGAUAUCUGGGUAUGCAAAUAGAAGCUCCUCUACUUCAUUAUAUUUACUGCAAAAGAUGGUUAGCUUGGGAUUCCAACCAAACGAGUUCUCAUUUUCUGCUGUUCUCAAAGGAUCAUGUGCUUCAGAGCUACAGCAACUACAUUGCUUGAUUACAAAAAUGGGCUAUGAAUGCAAUGACUAUGUCUGGACCUCUCUAAUUACCUCAUACGCCAAAAAUGGACUUAUAUCUGGCGCCAUGGCCUUUGUAACUGCUCCUGGUGAACGGCUUUCUGUUGUCUCUAGCAAUGUCAUUGCUGGUAUAUAUAACAGAACAGGCCAGUUCCAUGAGACAUUGAAGUUGCUCUCUGCACUUGAAGACCCUGAUGUUGUGUCCUGGAAUAUCGUUAUUGAAGCCUGUGCUCGCGAUGGUAAUUACAGAGAAGUUUUUGAACUUUUCAGCUAUAUGCACGCGUUUGGAGUUCGACCAGACAAGUACACCUUUGUCAGCCUUUUAGUUGCAUGCUGUAAGCUUUACAACCUUGCUACUGGGAGUUCUGUCCAUGGUCUGAUGAUAAAGAUGGAUUUUAGUCGUUGUGACACAAUCGUGUGCAAUGUUCUGAUGGACAUGUAUGGGAAGUGUGGAUGCAUCAGGAGCACAAUAAAAACUUUUGAUGAAAUGUCUGAUAGAAACAUCAUCUCUUGGACCAUGCUGAUAUCUGCUCUUGGAGCUAAUGGUUAUGCCAAUAAUGCGUUAGAAAGGUUUAGGGGGAUGGAAUCAGAGGGUAUUCAACCUGAUGGUAUUGCUUUUACAGCAGUGCUUACUGCAUGCAGACAUGGCGGGUUAGUAAGAGAAGGGUUGGAAUUGUUCCAGUUAAUGAAAACUUAUUACAAGGUGGAACCUGAGAUGGAUCAUUACCACGGUGUGGUUGAUUUAUUAGCCAAAAAUGGGCAUCUUAAAGAAGCAGAGGAAAUGAUUAUGAGCAUGCCUUUCCCACCAAAUGCACUAGUCUGGCGCAGUUUUCUCGAGGGCUGCAAGAGGCUGCAUAAAAAUCGAGUGCCAGAGCUAGCAGAGUGAGAAUCACAUUCUCACACAUUCCAUAGAAUGCAUACUGAGGUUGUUAAUUCCAAAGCAUGCAACCUCAAUAACUUAAAAAGUCAUAUUAUCCACCUGCCACCAGAAUAUCAUUGCUGGAAGAGUAUUGCCACUGAGGUUUGCUUGAGGCCAAUGAAGUGGUAUUAAUUCUCAGAAGAUGUAUACACUAGUGGAAGUUAAUUUUUCUUUUCUUUUUUUUAGAUACCCGGUUAAGUCGUUCUUCAUUGCAUUCGACUGAUUUAGAAUACUAACUGAAGGUGCUAAGCCAUUUUCUGUUGUGUUAGUGCAAAGGGACUGCCCUGAAGCACAUGCACUUCGGCAUCUAGCUAUUAUAUCGAGCCACCUUCACUCCAUCAGCCAGUUCAUGGCCGAACCAGAGUCUGUAUUCAUCCUCUCUGUCCGGACCGAAAUACAGGCAAUUCAACAGGGUGCUAGUUCUCUGGACAUCAAUGCAGCUCAUCUCAUUUCCACUUUUCAGGUAGGCAAUGCCCUUUGUGAAAUCUGCGGGGUAGUUAAUCAUAGAAAAACGUAUUUGUAACUAGAGAAAUAAUCGGAUUCUGAAUCGAUGGUAGGAAGAUUCUUGUCCCCCCUUUUCGCUGGCACUAUAUUUAUCUUUUGGACGGUGACUAUGACUGAGGGUAAAUCAUUCGUGCAAAGGCACCGAACGUGAGAUGUGAAUUACAUGACAAUUGUGUUAUCAUGUCACUUUCUCAAUCCCUAGAGCUUACUAAGUAAUUGAAGUACAUUGACUCGUGUGCAAUACAUGUAUUCUCAUUGUGCUAAGUGUUAUUAUGAGCAGCUUUGAACCGUACAAAUGAGUACCACAACGACUUGAAUCGAUAUCAUUGCUUCAUUUACACGAGCGAUCUCGUCCUUCGGGACCCAAAAGGCAUUUUUUUUUCCCUAACAGCGAAAAGGAAACUGAGAAAAGGAAAAACUCAGCAUUUUCCAUCUCUUAUACAUACGAACACCGCACGACAGACUGUCCACGGUAAUGGG